CUGCUGUCGGGAGUUGCCGUUGGUAUAGGCGUUGACGGUGGCAUUCGGAGCCCGGCCAGGCCCGGGCUCAUGGCGGAGUCUGGCUAAGCUGUCAAUUUGCACAAUAUCUCAUGGCAGUGAAUUCCACGCUUAAGUGGCAUGCUGUAUGAAACAGAGCUUCCUUUUGUUCAUUUUAAACUUAUUACCUACUCGUUUCAUUUUGUGACCCCCUAGUUCUUGUCUUGUGAGAGGGUACAGUGAAUGUUUCUGUUGGUGUAAAUGGGACACUGUUUGCAAAGAUGCCAAUUUGGAAAUACAGGCCAGAGCAACUCACUUUUUGUUUGUCCGAAACCAUGCAAAUCAUAGUAGAGGAGCUACUCUGUACAUAUUUUAGAUCCAGUGGUUGCUCAUGUGAAGAGACAGCAUGACAUUUUGAAGUAUGACAGAAGUCCUGAUGCUGCAACAGAGGCUAGGAAUAUUAAUGGCCAAAUCUAGAGAUCACAUGGUCUUUUAAAGAAGUCAUGGGUAGCUGUUGUAGCUGUCCAGAUAAAGAAACUGUCCCAGAUAACCAUCGAAACAAGUUUAAGGUCAUUAAUGUGGAUGAUGAUGGUAAUGAACUGGGUUCUGGCAUAAUGGAACUUACAGAUACAGAACUAAUUUUAUACACCCGUAAACGUGACUCUGUAAAAUGGCACUACCUCUGUCUCCGUCGCUAUGGCUAUGAUUCAAAUCUCUUCUCUUUUGAAAGUGGUCGACGAUGUCAGACUGGACAAGGAAUCUUUGCCUUUAAGUGUGCUCGUGCAGAAGAUCUAUUUAAUAUGCUGCAAGAAAUCAUGCAGAAUAAUAGUAUAAACGUAGUAGAAGAACCAGUAGUAGAAAGAAAUUAUCAUCAAACUGAGUUGGAAGCUCCAAGAACCCCUCGAACACCCACCACUCCCGGUUUCAAUGCACAAAGUUUACCUAAUGGAUAUCCCAGACAUCCCUCCUUUGGAGAUGCUUCUUCACACCCUUCCAGCAGACAUCCUUCUGUAGGAAGUGCACGGCUCCCCUCAGUAGGUGAAGAAUCAACACAUCCAUUACUUGUAGCAGAGGAACAAGUGCACACAUAUGUCAACACUACCGGUGUACAGGAUGAAAGAAAAAACAGAUCAAGUGUGCAUGCCCCACUGGAAUCAAAGCUUUCUAACACUGAAACAAGCAAGUCAAGAGAAGAUCCAAAUUGUAGUGAAGAAAGAGAUGCUCAGGUUCUUCUGGAGCCUGAAGGAGUCAAAUUUGUUUUGGGACCAACUCCUGUUCAAAGACAGUUAAUGGAGAGAGAAAAACUGGAGCAACUUGGGAGAGACCAAGUUAGUGGUAGCAGUUCAAACAACACUGAAUGGGACACUGGGUACGACAGUGACGAACGCAGAGAAACAUCCUCUGGUAACAAAUUGGUUUAUGAAAAUAUAAAUAGGUUAUCAAUCCCUAGUGCCUCAGGGCUCAGGAGAGGUCGCCUGACAUCAACAAGUACCUCAGAUACCCAGAAUAUCAACAACUCUGCUCAAAGGAGAACUGCAUUACUAAACUAUGAAAACUUGCCAUCUUUGCCUCCUGUUUGGGAAGCUCGCAAGCUAAGUAGAGAAGAUGAUGAUAAUUUAGGACCAAAGACUCCAUCUCUGAAUGGCUACCACAAUAAUCUAGAUCCCAUGCAUAACUAUGUAAAUACAGAGAAUGUAACAGUGCCAGCAAGUGCUCAUAAAAUAGAAUUAACACGACGUCGGGACUGUACGCCAACGGUCUUUAACUUUGAUAUUAGACGUCCAAGCUUAGAACACAGGCAGCUCAAUUACAUACAGGUUGACUUGGAAGGUGGUAGUGACUCUGACAACCCUCAGACUCCAAAAACUCCUACCACUCCACUUCCACAAACUCCAACCAGGCGCACAGAGCUGUAUGCUGUGAUAGACAUUGAAAGAACUGCUGCUAUGUCAAGCUUGCAAAAAGCACUGCCACGAGAUGAUGGUACUUCUAGGAAAACUAGACAUAACAGUACUGACCUGCCUAUGUGAGCCUGGGAAGUGUUUAAAUCAUUUGCACCUUUUGUGAAGUUUAUAAAAUUGAAGAUGCAAGUACUUUAUUUGCAUUUCUUAACACUAACGCCUUUUAUAGACUAAUAGAUUUUUUUUCUGAAUACUCAUGUGCUUGUUUAACUAAAGGGAAUUAAUGUAGAGCAAGUAUUCAUUAAAUAACACUAUUUCAUUCUACAGUAGUAGCAAUUGCUGCAUAGCAGCACUGCCACCUUUCACAGUGCCUCUUUAACUGAUUAGAGUUGGAGUGACAUGCCAGUUUUGAAUUGAUCACUGUUCUGGCCCUGUGCCUGUAGUCAUUAAAUGGCAUUUAUAACAGUUUAUAAAACCUCUUGAUAUGUGCAUUUAGCAGGUAAGCCUAAUCUUUCAAGGUAAAUAUUUGUAUGGUCAGUCUUCAUUCAUGUGGCCUCCAGUAUGAAAUAAGUAAUUCCUUGUUCAGUCAGCUUGAUUUAUGCAGAAUAUUUUGUAUCAUCUUAAAGGAUAUGAACACUACACCUUCCUGGGUAUCUGUCAGUUCAUUUUUCUGAAACCCUGUGGACAAAAAAGCUUCAGAUGUCCAAAGGUGUGUUUUAAAUUCUGUAACAUUUGAGAGGUCUGUGAGGCUCGCUUUGUCAGAGCUGUCACUGCAUCUGAAACCAGUCUUAGGCUGUUCCACUAGAAAAAGGUAUCCAAGUAACAGAAUCAAGCUUCCUGUACAGUCUUAAAAUUUUCAUUUCACCAGAGGUUUGUGAAGGAAUUCACAGGUUGGUUGAAUAUUAAAGCUCUUUUUGUAGUAUCUCA